GGAGGUCAAGCCGUCCGCCCGUAAACCCUAUCUUCUCCUGUUCCCCUUCGUCCCCCGGCCGGCGACGACGCCGCGCGCGCCGCGAACCCGCCCCCCUCCUCCGAGGUUGCUGUAAGCAAGGAAGGAUGAGUAGGCGCUGGAGCCGGACCAUUUACGUUGGGAACCUCCCAGGGGAUAUCAGGGAGCGGGAGGUGGAGGAUCUGUUCUACAAGUAUGGACGGAUAGUGGAAAUUGACUUGAAGGUCCCCCCAAGGCCACCUGGCUUUGCUUUUGUUGAGUUUGAAGAUCCCCGUGAUGCCGAGGAUGCGAUUCAGGGCCGAGAUGGCUACAACUUUGAUGGGAAUCGCCUGAGGGUUGAACUUGCACAUGGUGGGAGGGCUAACUCUUCAUCCCUUCCUAACAGCCAUGGUGGUGGAGGACGCCGUGGUGGUGUCUCUAGGCAUACAGAGUAUCGUGUUCUGGUUACUGGACUACCUUCUUCUGCAUCAUGGCAAGAUCUAAAGGAUCAUAUGAGAAAGGCUGGUGAUGUUUGUUUCUCUGAGGUGUAUCGUGAGGGUGGUGGUACUAUUGGAAUUGUUGAUUAUACAAACUAUGAUGAUAUGAAGUAUGCUAUAAGGAAGCUUGAUGAUACUGAAUUUAAAAAUGCCUUCUCUCGAGCGCCUAUAAGGGUGAAGGAGUAUGCUGGCAAAAGCAGCCGCUCCUAUUCUCGCAGCCGUAGCAGAAGCCGAAGUGGCAGCUACAGCAGGAGUCCGAGCAAGUCUCCAAAGAAAAAAACAUCACGCCGUUCAGCGUCAAGAUCUCGGUCAAGAUCUGUUUCUUCCCAUUCAAGGUCACCGUCGAAGGGACGCUCUCCAUCAAGAUCACCAGCAAAAUCCCGAUCACCUGUUGCUGCAUCUCCCGUUGUCAAUGGUGAAGCAGCAAGCCCCAAGAGGGACCCAAGCAGGAGCCCAUCGCGUUCCCGCUCUCCUGAUGCCAAAUCCGAGUAAAACUGAUGUGUGGUUAGGGGUGGUGAGAGGCGGAGGCAUGUUCUUCAAAUUCUUCAUAUUUUUCUUCGCCAACAUCUGCAUCCGCUGUUCUAGUAAUACUAUCCAUAUGUUCGGUUAUUAUAUUCUAGGUUCCUUUGUGACAUUUCCUGUAAAACUUAUUUGGAUGGAUUAUUGAGAUUUAUGUACUUUCUUAAUGGUGAGAAUUUACUUGGAUUA